AUGGAGGUCCUUGCGAGUUCUUCAUUAUCCCCAAUUUUUACUAAGCACAAUCAUAUAAACCCUAAUUUCUCAAUCCAGGUGAAAUUGUGGGUAUCUCAAGCUCCAAAGACUCUGAAAGCUAAGAACUUUAGAUAUGCUCGAAAUUGUAGAGACAAUUCAAGCUCGAGGCUUGUGUUUGUCUGUAAUAGAUUUCUGUGUCUUCUCGAUAGAAAUGAUCAUAGGAAAUUUUCAGGGAAGGUUAUGAUGAAAUCUUCAGUCAAUUUCAGACAGAAUCUCUCUGUUGCUUCAGUUCGAUUAGUCUCUGUUCUUGUCUGUUCUUCUUGUCUCAUCUAUUUCUGGGGUCUUAGUGAAAAGAAUCUUCUCUUCUUAGAAGCUUGGAGAACAACUGAUCGUGCUUAUAUCGAUAAAACCUUUAACGGACAAAGCUGGUUUCGUUACAGAGAGAGUGCUUUACGAAAUGAGUCUAUGAACACUCGAGAAGAGACUUACAUGGCUAUUAAGAAAAUGGUUGCAACACUAGAUGAUCCUUUUACGCAGUCUGGAACUCAAGGAGCGGUCACGGGUGUAGGACUGUCGAUAGGUUACCCCGCUGCAUCAGAUGAGACAUCGGGUGGGCUUGUUGCUCCAGGAGGUCCUGCAAAUAGGGCGGGAGUUUCACCGGGAGAUGUUAUUCUCGGAAUUGAUAAUACAACUAUAGAAACUCUGACCAUUUACGAUGCUGCAGAGAUGUUGCAGGGACCUGAAGGAAGCGUAGUGGAGCUGGCAAUACGCAGUGGACCUGAAACGAGAUUCUUAUCUUUGACGCGAGAGCGAGUUUCCGUGAAUCGUGUGAAGUCGAGGUCAUGUGAAAUACCUGGUUCUGGGAGUAAUUCCCCUAAGAUCGGGUAUAUCAAGCUAACAACAUUCAAUCAAAAUGCUUCUGGUGCGGUAAAGGAAGCAAUUGAGACCUUGAGAGGCAAUAAUGUGAACGCAUUCGUCUUGGAUCUUCGAGACAAUAGUGGAGGUUCUUUCCCAGAAGGAAUUGCGAUUGCUAAGAUUUGGUUCGAUAAAGGAGUGAUUGUGUAUAUUUGUGAUAGUCGAGGAGUUCGAGAUAUAUAUGAUACUGAUGGUAGCAAUGCUAUAGCAACCUCUGAGCCUCUUGCUGUUCUCGUUAACAAAGGCACUGCGAGUGCCAGUGAGAUAUUAGCAGGCGCCUUGAAAGAUAACAAAUGUGCGCUGGUUUAUGGAGAACCGACUUACGGAAAAGGUAAGAUACAGUCAGUGUUUCAGCUCUCGGAUCGUUCGGGGUUAACAGCUCGAUACGAAACACUAGCUCACACGGAUAUAGACGAGGUCGGUGUUACUCCUGAUCAUCCACUGCCAAAGUCGUUUCCGAAGGAGGAUGACGAGGCUUUUUGUGGAUGCCUUAAGGAUCCUGCAGCUGCUUGUUAUCUCAAUCAAGGCUUGCUUUUUUUCCAAAUGACUUUGGUUUGUUCAUACUCUGCAAAAUUCAUAUAUAUGCGCAAAAUUCAUUGGCUCAAGCCUGGGUUCCUUUAA